GCAAAUAAGAUAAUGGAUUCACUGAACUUUCUCCGUGAAUUUGAACUUUCCGGGAACCACUACUUGGGUUCAUAUGAUCCCACUGUUGAUCAUCAUCCCCUGGAUGACAAUAAUGCCUGCAUUGAAUUUGACCUUUUCAUGCAAAUCCUAGAGGAACACAAUGUACCUGAAAGUGCAAAGAAAGGUGUCACAAGAAGGUGGGAGAAGGGUUCUCUGAAAUAUGCUGGGCAGCUCGAACCAAACAAAAUGAAGAAUGAAAUUGCUGUAGACGGUGCUGUCGAGAAAAGGGAGAUCCUUCAUGAAGAUGCAACCGAAAGUGAAAACAAAUGGCCCAGAAGGAAAAGAUUCAAAAAGGGCUCUUUGGAAUAUGCUCAAAGACGAGAGCUCAACAAAAUCAAGAACAGAAUCGCUGCUGCUCGUACUUUCGAGAAAGUUCAGAAUCACAUCCUCGAAUUAGAGCAGAAGGCCGUAAGGCUGCGCAGGCGAAAUGACAAUCGCAGAGAGCUGUUGGCGCACUGGGCAGGACCAAAUGCAUUUGGUGGCUUUAGACCCCUGACAAGGACCUUUUCUGGACCACUUUGAUUUUGGGCCUGCAUAUUUUCAGAUGUCAUCCUUUAAUGCCCUGAACUCUUUGAUCAAUGUUGGAAGUUUAUCAUGAACAUGAAAAUCAUCAAAACUCGCAGGAGUUAUUUUCUAAGUAAUCUUCUCCGAGAUGCAAGCAUUAGAUAUGAUUCAAAUACUUUUUGGUUCAACUAAUGCUGGCAGUGAGUAAUAUGCUUUGUCGACUAAUCAAGUCGUGCUUGCAAUGAAAUUAUGCAUUGUUGAGGAGCUUUGAGAAUAAAGAUGUUAUUCAAUCAAAGACGUAAUAAAAAAGGCUGGAGAAUGUCUAUGAAUAAGUUUCCUUAGGAUCAGGAAAGGAGCCCUGGUGAUUUUCCACAAGUCCACCAGCUAAUUUCAACUAAUCCUUAUUCACAAGUAAUUACCAACAUGUACUGAUAUCAAUUUCAUAACACAAUCAUCACACAGUUCUACAUUCGCGCUGGAGCUAGAUAGCUCUUGUCUGAGUUAAAACGUUAAGAUUUUCUAUGGAAAAUCACAAUGAACUUGGGAUAUGGUCUGUUGUGCUGUUGUUCUCUUCAUCUGCUUUAUUGUACAGUUAGUUGGGUUAAUUAAAUAAUUUAUCUCAAUUGCUCGAAAAAUAAAAAAAGGAUGUUUUUUUCAACUUUUUCUGG